AUGGGUGGUAAAACAAAGUUGGUACAUUCCUCUAUUCCCGAAGAAUUACUCAAACUCUUCACAUCUCGAAACGAAUUAGGCAAGACCUUUAGACACAUGAUACGAGCAUACAACAACUUUUCAUUUGCAUCAAUAGGCGUGAAUGUGGAUAAAACAAUGACAAAUAUGACAUAUGGAGUAUACACUUUUUGUGUGAAUGGAGGAAUAUAUCAUAGAAUCGAUCAGUUAAUCCCAAGGAAUGGAAAACCUCGGUACUUACAGUUGUAUUUUUAUGAUGCUGAUUAUGGGAUGUCACAUAGACUCAAAUGGAAGAAUAUUGAUAAACAAAUUGCUCAAAAGUUGAUCUGUGUUCUUGCCACAAACCCAUACGUGCAAAUAUUUCAAAGACUUGUUGAUCUAGGGCCGCUUGACAAUUACAGAGUCACUUUGAAUGCAUCGGUAGAACUUAACCAAAGGGUAUACAACAGACCAACCACAUCCGAGGUCGCUGGUAUUUGGAUUGAAGGUAACGACAACAUAGCCGCAUAUAAACAAAGUAUUAUCGUUUAUGGCAGAUCCGACAAACCACGAACAAUUCAAUCUUACUGGGGAUGUUAUGAUCCAUUGUGUUAUCCUUUAUGUUUUCCUAAUGGUGAGUCUGGAUGGCAUUCUAAUAUCCCAAGAUAUGGAUUUCCCAUCAAUAAUAUUAUUAACGACGACGAAGACAUCCAGGAUGAUUUAGAAGACUCUAAUACAAAAGGAGGGCAGAAUACUUUUGUAGUAGAUAUCUACAUCAAGCUUGAGACUUCACGUUUGGAGUUUUGUAGAAAAAACCAGUCCAAAAUAAGAGCAGAUUUAUACCAAGGUGUUGUGGAUUGUGUUAAUGCUGGUGAGGUUCGAUCGAAUAUGAUAGGGCAACGUGUUGUGUUGCCUGCAAGUUUCAUCAGAGACCCACGUGACAUGCGGCGACGAUUUCUUGACGCCAUGACUUUAGUUCAAGAUGACGGGAAGCCUGACAUAUUUCUUACAAUGACAUGCAAUCCAAACUGGCCGGAAAUUAAAGAUGAGUUAUUCCCUUGGCAGACGGCUCAAGAUCGACCGGACCUUGUGUCAAGAGUUUUUCGUGCUAAGUUAGAGGAUCUUAAGAAACAAAUCUUCACGAAGCACGUCCUCGGCGUGGUGGGUGCGUACGUUUAUGUCAUUGAGUUUCAAAAGCGGGGUUUGCCACAUGCACAUUUCCUCUUGAUAAUGAUGCCUCCAUACAAGCUUACUAAUGCAGAUGAGUACGACAAAAUAGUAUGUGCUGAAAUUCCAGACCCAAUAAGGCAUCCUAAAAUGUACCAAUUGGUCGUCUCACACAUGAUACAUGGUCCGUGCGGUGGCUUAAACUCUGACUGUCCUUGUAUGAAUAAUGAGCAAAAGAAAUGUCGUUUUAGAUACCCUCGACAAUUCAAUGAAACCACCUUACAAGGAAAGGACUCUUAUCCCGUGUACCGAAGGGGAGAUAAUGGUAUAGAGGUGGACAUACGAGGAAAUAAGAUGGAUAACACAUGGGUGGUCCUGUAUAACCCAAAGUUGUUAAUGAUGUUUAACUGUCAUAUGAAUGUUGAGGUAUGCUCGAGUAUUACCUCUGUGAAAUAUGUGUUUAAGUAUAUUUACAAAGGUUAUGAUAAACAAGUUAUCAAUAUUGAUCCGGAUGGAGCACCUAUUAUUAUCGGUGAGAUAAAACGGUUUCAGGAUGUACGAUAUGUCUCGCCUCCCGAGGCAAUAUGGAGGAUUUUUAGCUUCCCACUUUCUCAGAUACACCCUUAUGUGAUGGAUUUUCAUGUACAUCUCCCAAACCAACAGAUGGUUAGGUUCAGUGAGGAUGAUAUGUUGACUAGCGUUGUUGAAAAUGAGAAAGAUAAGAAAUCAAUGUUGACUGCGUUUUUUCUAAAAAAUAAAGAAAAUAUCCAUGCAAGAGAAUAUAAAUACAGAGAUUUUCCUAAAAAGUUUACGUGGGAUCCGAAUUCACGUCAUUGGAAUCAUCGAAAACUAGGAUUAAUGCGAGGUCUUUUGGUUUCUGGUAGUCCUGCUGAAGGGGAGCGAUACUACCUUCGCCUACUUUUAUUGCAUAUUAGUGGCCCUACGUGUUUUGAAGAUCUCUAUACGGUCAACAACGUAAAACACCCAACAUUUCGGAAAGCAUCUCUUGAAAGAGGGUUAAUAGAGUCGGAUGAUGGUUUAUCACAAUGUCUUAUAGAGGCAUCUUUCUUUCAAUUUCCAAAUGCUCUUAGAAGGUUGUUUGCAACGAUAUUGAGUUUUUGUGCGCCAGGGGAUGUUCGUAGGUUAUGGGAUGACCACUACAAUGCACUUUCAGAAAAUUAUAGGCAACAAUACGGAAGUGUUGAAAGAGUCCAGAAUAUGGUCCUCACUGACAUCAUGAUAUUCCUACAAUCUAUGGGUGACGAUAUUGAUGAUUUUGAUCUUCCAAAGAUAAAUCAAAAUGACGAUUUAGAAUUUGGAGUUUUUCGUGAGGUACAAGAAGAAUGCUCUAUAGUUUUAGAACCUGAACAUUUACAAGCCCGAGAUUUUCUCAAUCCGGAACAGAAAAUUUGCGUAUGA